AUGGAUAAAGGAGGUACUAAUGAUGAAGCACCUGCCGAGUUUUUUCGAACCUUUGAAAAUGAUAAAAAUAUUGGUUUAAAGGAUAACGCUGAUGAAGCUCAACUGGUACUGAAUAAAAAAAUCGAAUUAGAAAAUUAUUAUGAAAACCAAAAAAGAAUAAGUAGUACUGAGGAAGAAGAAUAUAGUAACAACAGUGAUAUUUCUCAAGGCAUUCCAGAAAUUCCAAAGCGAAUUGAAAGUCAUCCAACCUCAUUUAUAUUAGAAACUUUAAACAAACAGAAUGAAGCACAAGAUUAUAAUGGUAGCAAUAUUGAUUCUCUACCAGUAAAAUCCAGCAUCAUUAAAUUAAAGGAAAUGCUAUCUUCUGUGGAAGAAUUAGAAAAAACGUUAAAUACUAAUAGUCCUAGCACAAUUGACACCACUACUGAUAAUGAAAAUAAUAAUGGCAUUCGUGAUGAAAAUGUUGAAUCAAAGACUUCCUUAAUUGUACCAAUGUUACGUGUCGAUACAGCUAAUAAGAACGUUGGAACGGGGAACAUCAGCUUUUGUUCUGAUGCUGACGGUGAAUGCAAUAGUACUAGUAGUUUUGGCAGUAUGCUUGAUUCGAACGACAAUAAUAAUAAUAAAAUUAUAGUCUUGCCCAAACAAAAUACGGAUACAAGAAACAUUAGCUUUCACGUCGAAGAUAAUAACAAGAUGGUAGAUAUAAUUUCCAACAAUGAUACUAGAGAUAGUGAUGAUAGUAGUAAAACCACAAAAUUUGUUGAAAAAGUUAAAAAAUUUAACUUGAUUUCAAUUGAAACUGGAAGAACCGUUGACACGAAUAACAGAGUUGUAAGUACUAGAUCCGUCUCCACUUCUUCGUCUUCCAAUACUCAUAACGCUACUAAUAGCGUCGAAAAGAAAAAAGCUGGCUCUAGAAAAAGUAGUUUUAUGCCCACCACUGAUGAUGACGCUUUUCAAAGUGCCUUUGAAGAAGAAGAGGAGAAAAAGAAUAAUAAUAAUAAUAAUAGUAAUAAUGAUAAUGAUAAUUUUGGUCCUGGAUAUAUUAAUGCAGAACUAAAUGACGGGAUGCUAAUACAAAAUUAUUUUAAUACUGGACAAGAAAAAACAAUCAAUAAUAUUAUGGAGGAAGAAUCACAUUUAGAUACCCAAUUUUUGAAUGUAACUGAUAAAAAUAAUGACACCACCACCACCACCACUAACGCCAACAGCACUAAUAGUAGUAGAGUACCCUCAAGUGAAUACAGCAGUCGAACAGUGAAUUAUUCGAAAAUUGAAAUAACAAAUGAACAAAGGCGGUCAGAAUAUGAAGAAAUUAAAAAUACUUCUCAGUUAAAGGAAUAUAAAAAAUCAAAAAUACCAGAGAAAAAGGAAGAAAUUAUAGACAACUUUGAUGGGUCAGUUUUAAAAAAUGAUAAUUUUGAUAUUCUUAGUCACAGUUCGCAUAAAGCUAGCAUGAGUAGAACUAAAAAACCUUACAUUUCUUAUAAUUCACAAUCUGAAUCUCAAUAUCGUAAUUUCUCAACUUCCUCCAACAUGUCUCAAUCUGUAGAUACUUCUGAUUUAGUCCACAAUACUCAAAGUCAUAAUAAUAAAAGAGAUGUUUCUGUUCAGACAAAUCCUGAAGGAAAAGAGAACGAAAUGGACCAAAAGGAAGAAUAUCCGAGAAAAACAUCAGCCCCCACUAGUUCUAAGUCCAAUCCUAAUUCUUCUUCUUCCUAUUCUUCUUCUUCGUUUUCAGGUGCUAGAUUUGCUUCUAAUGUGGAAAAUAGAGCCAGUAGCAUUCGUCAUAUAACACCAACCUCCCCUUUAUUUUUAUUACAUCCUAAUUCUGUUGCUGGUAAUGGAGGUAUUCCAUCCUUAUCAUUCAAUACAAGGAAUAUGUCAACUUCUAGUAAGACCACUUCUGCUUCUAAGUCAUUUGAUGAGAAUUAUCCGUUUGGUUUACCUGAUGAUGUGGAUGAAAAUGCGCCAUCUAAUAAUGAAGGUAGUACAUUUUUCGAUGAAAUCAUGGAAUCUUUGAAAAACCAUGAUUUUGUUUCUAUUUGGAAUAAACAGGAACAUGGUUCUCCCACUUCAAGUGUCAAUUCUCAAUUUACUGCUGCAGGACCUCAAUUAAAUAGUGAACUUUCUAGUAACAACAAUAAAGAUAUCGAUAAUGAUGAUGCUAAUAGCAGUAGCGGACGUACACCAUCCUUAAAUAGCACAGCUAAAUUUUCCUUUAAACCAAGAGUUAUUAGUAGAAGUCACUAUCAUUAUCAUGGUGACGAACCUUGUGGUUCAAGUAGUAGAAAGAGUAGCAAUACUAUUAGUAACACCACUGCUGGCAGUAACAAUAACAGUACAUACGAAUCUAAUUCUGCUACUCGAUUGGUUAGUCGUGGUAGCAGAAAUAGUAGUCGUGGUAGCAGAAAUAGUAGUCGUGGUUAUGGUAAAAACAACAAUGAGAUAGAAGAGGAGGAAUACAUCAUUCCAGUUGUUGAAAAUUCCAAUUUAGAUCCAUUACGAAGAAGUACUUUGAAGUCUAAAUUGUUACAACAAAGAUUUGAAUUAAUUAGAAACGCUACGGCUACUCUAACCAAAGGUGGUAUCCCUAAUAAACCCAUAAAUAGAAAUAAUGAACUAUACACCUUUAGAGAAGAAAGCAGCGACCUUUUGAACAGUUCCGAUAAUUACGCACAUUCUAAUACGACUGAUGGAAAACAAACAUCUGAUGAUAAGUAUAAGUCUUUUGUUGAAAAUGAGGAGAAUGGGAAUGAUUAUGUUAUAUCUACUAAUAGAGGACUUUCUGGCGUAGUUACAGGCUUAGAUCCCAUGAGAAGAAAUACCAUACUUUCCAAAAAAAUUCAACAGCAGAUUAAAACACAAGAAGCCCUAUUAAAUGAUUUAUUACCCAAUAAAAGUGUUUUGAAAGAAAUAGAAGAAAAAGUUGGGGAUGAACAAAACCCAGAAAUUUCAAAAUCAUUGUUAUUAGAUAAUUUCGAUAAAGUUAUUAAAACAAAGAUUCAUAAUAAUAACACACCUCGUAAAUUCAAAGUACUUUCUCACAAUUCUAAUGUACUACCAUCACCUUCGCCUAUAAAAGGAAUCAAGGAUAAUUUAAUGAAUCAGUUAGAUGCUAUAAACGUAUCGACUAACGAGGAUCACUCUGGCUCUUACAUGAUUAAUGAUAACAAUGAAGGUGUGCCUAAUGACUCAUUCAAGACUGAUAUCUAUAUGAAUGAGUCUUCUUUUAUUAAUAAUAAAAGUACUUUUGAUACUGCACAAAGUGGUAAAAAUCAUGCCUUAAGCGAUGAUGUAGUACAAAAUUUAUUUGAACUAGGUAAUGGAAAUGUAACACCAUCACAUUCUAUGUUGCUGUCAUCUGCUAUAAAUACAAAUACUAUUGCUAAUAAUGAUACCUCUAUAUCAACUCACUUUUUACCAGAAAUAAACAAUAACGUCAAUACAGAAAAGCAUCAUGGUCUAGUAGGUUUGGGUAUUUUCAAAAAAAAUAAUAGCGAUGAUAUUACUGCGGUGCAAAAAAUGAACUUGGAUCAAUUUAAAAUGAAUCAAGAAGUUCUGGUUGAACCUGAAAACGUUUCGAAAUCCAUAAUCGAUUGUGAUAACACCAAGGAUAGUCUUAUUAGUAAAAAAAGCGAUGUUCAUGUAACCUCUCCUUUUAAAGUGGUAACCAACUCCAAGAAAGCAGAUAAAUCAAUUAUCACCGCUUCCUCUGAUAUUGAUGAGAAUGAUGUUAAAGCUAUUAAAAAAGUUACUAUUAAUCCUGUUCCACAAGUAAGAACUAUCAAAAAAGUUAAAAAAGGUAUGAAGGAUAUGGGUGAACUAUAUAUACAAUUGCAUGGCACGAGUAAGCUUGAAUUUUUUAACAAUUUUAAAGAAAGAAAGGCAGAAUAUUGUAUUGUAUUUGAUAAUGGUAUUAAUAGAAUAGAGACACCGUGGGUACAUUUUGAGGAUAAUGAUGGUAUUUACAAAAAUCUAAAUAAAGAAUUUGAGACAGUUUUGCCAUUGAAGGAUGUAUUGCAAAUGGAUAACAAAAAUAUUAUAAAAAUUGUUAUUACCUUAAAAUGUAGAUAUGCAAAGCCAGCUGACAAAAUUGUUGAAGUUCGUGAAAAAAUUCCAAUCAAGAUUCCGGGUGUUGAGCUACCUCAAAAGAAACAACAUAAUUUCCUAUUUGGAUUAAAACAUGGCAAGCAUCUUAAACAACAAAAGAAAAAAUAUAGUGAACCUAUAAUUGAAUAUCAAACGGUCGUAAGAAGAGUUCUUCAACCUUCUAAUGAUAAAUGGAAAGAUAAAAUUGCCAAUGACGGUUCAUUUGCCGUAUCUGUCAUCACAAUCGAUGAAGAUUUUUUAAGUGGGUGUGAAUAUUUGAAAGCUCCAAAAACCUUUAACUUGAUUAAUAAAUGGGGUGUUAAAUUGAAUAAUUACCACAAGUUAAAUAGUGACCUAUCAUUUCAAGAAAGCAAAAAUUGUAUUGGCCAACUUUAUGCUACUGUUUGUUAUUUGCCCAGGUUAGAUCCCCUGGAAAAAUUCCCCAAGACUUUAGACAAAGCUGAAAAAAUAGUUCAAAAAUGGUUGGAACAGGAAAGUGUUCACUAUGAAGGCUGGUUAUAUCAAGAAGGUGGUGAUAUUGAUCAGCACAAGAUGAUGACUAAAAGAUAUUUUAAAUUAAAUGGCCCAGAAUUGAUAGGGUACCAUGAAAUUACUAAGAGAGCCAAAUGUGUUAUUAAUUUGUUAAAUGUUGAUUACAUAGAUUAUUAUGGUAAUACUAAAAGUGAUAACGGAAGAAAUGUCAGUAAUCCAAUCACAUCUAAUUUGAGUUUCCAGCUAGUUUUUAAAAACAAGGAAAGCAUUACUUUCACUACUGAAAGUAAAAGCCAAAGAAAUGAAUGGUUGAUGAACUUGAAUCACAUUUUAGAACUAAACAUUGCUCACCAACCUUGGGUGAAAAAAUUGGCAGAGACAUUGUCUUGA